AUUUUGCUCUAAUUGUCAUGAUGACCGACUUGCUGUCCGUGGUGUCGGAGGCGGAGAGGAAGUCCUUUCCAACCCUCUCUCAGCUCUCAGAAAACGACGUUGACAGCAUUUGGUCGAACGUGUCAUCUUUCGUGGAGCGACAGAUGACCUUGCAAAAGGGGGUCUACAUUGCAGGCCUGGGAUCCUUCACCUUCUCUCAGCAGAAGCUGGACGUAGGCAACAAGUUUGUUUUGAUCCAGCGACCCAUCUUCCUGCUCUCUGAGAAGCUGUCCCAGUCACACGGCCUCAAGCAGGUCAAACCGCUGUCUGCAGCAGGAGACGUGCCACUGGUCCAGCUCAACUUCACAGCCCUGUCUGUGGAGAGCCCGUUUGAGCGUCACGUGGUGGAGGGCUGUGUGAGAGAGACUCUGCUGGUGUUGCUGAGAGCCGUGGCCGCCGGACGCUCAGUCCUCUUCACCUUCCACGCCAUCGGAGAGCUGUUGUUCUGCCGGAGCAAAGUCAAGAUGAAGUUCUACCACGACUUUGUCACCUCCCUGGACGGCAGCGGAAGCUGCUCUUGGCACUCUCCAAUGUCAAGACCUGGCACCAGCAACUCUGUCCUGUUUGAGAGAUCCAGCAUAACAGGGACCAGCAACGCCAUCAUCCUCCCCAGGAUCUCUUCCGAACAGGGGGGAAGGACUGGGAGAGGAGGCCCUGGCCCAGUGUUGGAGAGAAAGUUAUGUUACCACGUUUACCCAGAAUCCCUGGUGACUCCGCAGUCCAGAUCCAGACACACCCUGCACCCAGCCAAGGUCAACGGGAUCAGUCUCACUGAUGACCUGGAGCCCAGACCUCCAGCGGAGACCAACACUGACAGGUCCACAGUGUCUAUCCUACCACUGGAGGGUGCUGCUCUGAAGGAGGGGAAGGUGAAGAGGGGGGACUCUCACCUGGACAUGCCCUGUGUCAACCACAACAGGGCUGGACAGGAGUUGUGUUACCUGUGUAUAUAA